AUGUGGCUAAUGGUUCCCGCGUUACUGUGUCUGGUAUCGAAUUCGGUGGCGGAAUGGCGUUGUCCAGAGCUUAGUGCGCGACCAUCAGCCGAGUGUUCGUGCGAUCUACCUCACACACUUCGCUGCGCAGGAGAUCAUACCGCCCUACAGAUAAUAGGCCGACAUCUUCGCGAAAAGAGAGGAAGAAAUAAGAAUUCAGCUGUCUCGCUCUUGGACUGUGCUCUGCGCGGCGUGACGUCACUCCCCUCUGCCUCAGUGGCAGAACUUGCAGGAGUAGGACUUCACGGUUUAGUGAUAUCUUCUGGGGACAUUAAACGGGUACAACAAGGGGCAUUCACGAGUAUUGCUAGUACUUUAUUGGCCUUAGGUCUUCCAAAUAACCAACUACCAUCAGUACCUACGGAAGCUUUAUCAAACUUAGGUUAUUUAGACCGAUUAGAUCUUUCAAAUAACAAAAUUCACGCGUUGGAUGGAAACUCGUUUAAGGGUCUUCAAAAUCUAACUUAUCUCGACAUAAACGACAAUCAGCUGACGAGUAUAUCGCCCGAGGCUUUCAAGCCCCUAAUCAAAUUAUCAGUUUUGAGGUUAAGAGGAAACCUCCUUAAAGUAUCAGCCUUAUCUUCGCUCAAGGGGGCUAAAUCGUUGAAAGAGUUAGAUAUAUCGAGCAAUGCAUUGGAAGGGCCUGUGGGACCCACAACACUGCCGACCUUAUGGGUAUUGGAGACCCUACACCUGUCAGACAAUACAUUCGCGAGUAUACGGCGUGGCGCUUUGGCAGGUCUCGCAAAUCUUACACAUCUAAAUCUUCAUAACAAUCAAAUAGACGUAUUGGAGGACUACGCAUUUCGACAACUCAUUAACUUAACACAUCUCGAUUUAUCACAUAAUGAGAUCGUUUCCGUUUCUGGUGCCUCACUAGCGCAGCUAACGAACCUAGUUCAUCUGGAUUUAUCCCACAAUUUUUUACGUUCACUUUCUGCGGAGCCUCUACGGUCGCUCUACGAUCUCACCGAGCUGCUGUUACACGAUAAUGACAUUUCGAUUAUUGAAGAUGGGGCACUAGGACUACAUAAAAAUCUUAGCCGGUUUACUAUUGAAGAUAAUCCUCUUAAUUGCGAUUGCUUAAUGGCUGGCUUUGCCCGGUGGUUACGGGAAGCAAAAAACGUCUCUCAAACCGAUAAGGCUUCAGUGGUCUGUGCGACCCCACCUCAUUUGGAGGGGGCGUUAUUGGGAAGGCUGUCGAAAAAUAAGUUAUGUGACGACUUCGAACACGUGGAUAUGAAGGAGGAUGUGUACGAUUAUAGUAAGGUGAUGAUAAACUCGAUAGAUGAUGAAAUAUACAGUGAUAAACGCGAUGGAUUAGAUGAUGAUGUUUAUGACGAAGAAUUAGAUGUGCCAGGCGAAGAGGAUUUGCCAAUUUCGACAGAUCAGGUACAGUUACUAGACGCCUGGUAUGACGAUGAAGAGGUUCACCUAUCAUGGUCAGUAGAACCUCCGUCCACUCGACGCUUCAGAUGUACUGGGGUGACAGCAUCUAAAGGAGGUGGUCUGGCGAAGCAUGUUGCUUGUCAUCGAGCUCCACCCACUAACGUAAUAUUACGGGGGUUAAAAAUUGAUCCACUAGAGAUGUAUACAUUCUGCAUUGCACUCGAAGAGAUGGAUGCGAAAGAUGUGCCAAUGGCAUUGGUACUUGGAUGUGGUUUGCCACAGUUGGUACGACAAAGAGCGAGCUACGUCACAGUGAGGACUACUGUAGCUACACUACCACCCGAACCUGAUAUACGUGUCUCAGAGGUUCGAUCCAACGUAACAAGCGAUGGAGUUCUCACAGUCUUGAUAUCGGUAAUGGGUCUCCCUUUACGUUCAUUACGGUCCCAGCGUCUCUCGGACCACUAUCCCCACUGCUAUGUCGUAUUAGCAGUUCUAUCCAGGGGCUCAUUGGUAGCGCAAAAAGAUUCGCCUUGUCAAGAGACCUUAGCAAUUUUCAUGGAAGGAUUCAUUACCGGUCCAUAUGAAGUCUGCGCUACAAUAUCACGGAAGAAAGAUAAGUCCCAGCCUAUAUGCAUUGUACCUCAAAUGCUGGAACCAUUGGGGUCCGAAAUGAAAUCUGGAGUCAAAGGUCUUAAUACAGCUUUAAUUGGUGUUGCGUUAGGUUUAAUGGUGAUUGUCGUCGGUUUGGUCUGGUUUGUUAGGAAAAUGCUGAAAAAGCCAGUAGACUUUCAGCCCCAUAGAUGCUUCAGGUCUGAACAGGCGCAAGAGGAGACAAGGGCUAGUUAUGUCAUGUUGACUGCUACGUCUAAGGUUUGA